AUGAAUAAAUUCCUUGCCUUAACUCCAACAAAAAAAGAACCUGAAUAUCAAGAAACUCCCAAUUUAGAAAUUUCCUCGGUUGGGACUGAAAACACUAAAAAAUUAUCGGGGAGAAUUCCCUAUGGUUGUGCUCUUUUAACUAGUGUCGGUAGUCAACAUGAAUAUGAUGUUCCUUUUCAUAAAAAAGUAAAAUUAAAUAAACUUUUAGACCAAGGAAUUAAGCAUAUUAUCCAUGCUACUCCAAUGCCCGAGGGAAACAGCCUAGAAACCUUUGUGGAAAAGGCUACUAAAGCCAUGCAAAACUCGAUUAUUUUAGCCGAGCGAAGCGGAAUAAAAAAACUCGCCAAUUGUUUUUUAGGAGGAAAAAUUUAUUGCAGAAAUGAGAAUUCUAAACAACCUUUAGCCGAUGGCAUCGUCCAAGGAAGUGGUAUUUCAGGAAGUAUUGAGAACAAACUUGGAAAAAUGGCGAGUUUGGAAGUAGAUACAGAAAGGCAUAAUUUAAGGGACGAAUUUAAUAUUUUAAUUCAGGAAGAAGAUAAUAAUGAGGAGGAUAAUAACCAAGACAAAUCCGAGGAAGAUAAGCAAAGAUUUGAAAUAGGUGAUUUUAUUGAAGUAGAAUAUAUUAAAAACAAAGAAACACCGCUGCCAAAAAAUCAAGAGGACAAUAAAGAUAAAAAAACCGCUACUGAGUGGCAAGAGGAGUUAAAAGUAGUUGACGAUGACAUAGCUCGAGUCUUUGACGAAAAUAAAGUUAAUGAGUGA